AUGGUCAAGGAAGAUAUUGUCCUACUGAAAGGCGUCGUUCUGCUUAUUUCACUGUUGAUCGCCAUCCACGAUGUGAAGACAUAUACACUAAAAGACAACUUGACGGAUGCCAUACAACAAUAUAGUCACGUAUAUCAAAAGGCCGAGUUGGUGGAAUAUGAUCUGCUGAAAAUGGCGACCAACAAAGACUUGAAAUUCACACAAGAACAGUUUGAAAUCGAGCGUCGGAAAGUGGAGCGCGAAUACAUGUUGACAUGGGCAGUCGGUUAUCUUGAAGCUGUGAAAGAUAUUUGGGGAUUGAGAAAUAAUGCAGACAUCGCGAAACUACAACUUCAAUAUUCAGGUGAAUCAUCUCAAAUUCCCAAGAACUCAUGUUAUCACAUGGAAAGUAGAACGGAAAAUGAGAACACUCGAAAAACAAUACGAUACGGUUGCGAUGUCAUGCAUAAAUAUGCUUCGUUGAAAUGGCAGACCAGAUUACACCUAGAUAACUUGACAGCUACAUAUCUGAGAGGAUUGGAGAGAAGAGACUGCUCAAAAUUUAAGGAAGACAGAGGUGUAAAUUAUUUCUUGAAAAAAGAGGGAUUCGCGAAUGCCAAAGCCAUAAUGCAGAUCCAUCGAGGUUUCACUGAAAAAUAUUGUCUGUCAGCAUUGAACGAAUUCAUCAAGUACGAGGGCGUAAAACGUGAGUUGAGUAUUCCGUGUAUUACACUUUUGAAAAGAGAACUCGACAUUUUCAGCAGGAGAACACAGUCACACAUUGAAGUGAAUAUUGCAUUUGAGCGAGAACUGAUUUCAAAGCUAACCUCUUCUUUGAGAUUUCCGACACAAUUUUGA